AUGGUGAUUCAUACCUACAGCAUAGCGCCGAUAGCAGGGAAUGAUUAUGUCACAAUAAGAGGAAGAGGAAUUUUCCUAGUUGUGGGAGAUUUGGCAAAGAGCUAUGAAGAGAAGAAGCAGCUCGCCCCCAUGCUGCACUUUGUCUUGCUGGGCAGGCUCAUUUCUCACCGCUUUCCACGGAGGACGUCGGCCAAAGAACAAUCCAGAUCUAGUGAUCGCGAAACACAGCAGAGCAGUCAACCUCUCAGCCCCAAAGCACGUUAUGGUGGAGUGGAGUUACUGCUGGUGCUGUGGGGCCUGGAUCUCUCUCAGCCCUGCCCUCGCCACUGCAUCUGCUACACUUCCCCUAGCACAGUCUCCUGCCAGGCCCACAACUUCCAUGCCGUGCCUGAGGGCAUCCCCGCUCAGAGUGAGCGUGUCUUCUUGCAAAACAACAAGAUCCAAAGGCUUCUCCGUGGCCACUUCUCCCCAACUACCACCAUGUUGUGGCUGUACUCCAACAACAUCUCCUAUAUACAACCGUCCACCUUCCACGGAUUCGACCGCCUUGAAGAGCUUGAUCUGGGAGACAAUCGACAUCUUAAGGCUGUUGCUUCAGAUACGUUCCUCGGACUGGGCCGGCUACACGCCCUGCACCUGUACCACUGUGGACUGAUCAGCCUGCCCGCAGGGAUCUUUGCUGGCCUACACAAUCUCCAGUAUCUGUACCUACAGGACAACCAGUUAGAGUUCCUAGAGGAUGACCUGUUCAUCGACCUCUUGAACCUCAGUCAUCUUUUCCUGCAUGGCAAUCGACUGUGGAGUCUUCGGCAGAACACUUUUCGAGGCCUAGGGGUCUUAGAUAGGCUCCUUCUGCACCAGAAUAAGAUCCAGUGGGUUGACCGUCAGGCAUUCCAUGACCUGAGGCGCCUAACCACCCUAUACCUGUUUAAUAACUCCCUAACUGAGCUAUCUGGUACCACCAUGUCUCUACUGCCAGCUCUGGAGUACCUGCGUCUUAACGACAACCCCUGGGAGUGUGAUUGCAAGGCCCUGUCGCUUUGGGAUUGGCUUAAAAGGUUCAGAGGCUCCACGUCCUCACUGAUGUGUGCUUCACCACCAGAGCUGGCUGGGAAGGAUCUGAAAACACUGAAGAAAGAGGAGCUCCCCAGUUGCUUGUCUGGAGAGGGUCAUGCACGGAGCAGCCCCAGUGGAGAGAUGGAGCAAGGAGAGUCUUUAAACCACCUGAAUCGUCACAGAAACCACCACAACCAUCAUCAGCGGCCAUAUCUGCCCCAUGGGGACCAGUACAGUUUGCCCUCGCCCUCACCUCUGCCCCGGCCACCCAAGGGAAGUCGUAAAAACUGUACCCGCCGGGGUCGUAAGGCGAAAGGGGGGGUUAAUGAGGUUCACGUACUUCAGGAGGGAGAUGACAAAGACUAUACUCCAGAUGGAGGUAAAUACGACAUGUCCACAAAUGCGAGGAGGAGGAACAAGUGCAUCCCAAGAACUUCUGUUGGCCCACCAAGUGGGGUCCAGAGAGCUAAUAAUAAAGCAGGCUCACACCUUGUAGAUUACAUUUCCUGUUUCUCUACAGCUCUAAUGCUAUCAAUCUAUUUUGUGAUCCUACGCUGAGACAGGAGAUGAAUCCUUUUGUGCUGGUUAUGCAACGUUAUAAUUCAUUCUCCUGAAACAGCCCGUUCUGGCUCUUUGAGGAAGCAUGUACGGAUAACUGUGUAUAAAGAACAAUAUUCUCUAUCCUUGUGGUAUCAUUGCUGGGACCUUUAUGACUCAUACCUUAUACAUGGAAGUCAGGGAAAACAAUUAAGCCCAUUGUUUUAAUGAUGUCAGCAAGUUAAACAACAGGAAAACCUUUGUCUCUGUGCCAUCAACUGCUUCACAGAAUUUAUGUUGAAAAAAACAUGUACAGACACAUAAGAUAACAAGCCAGUGAUGCACUUAAACCAACAGUGGAGCACACAGCAAGUAUCUAAAUGGUUAACCCUCUUAACUCAAUAGCGCUCUCUCGGUACAACCUUGAUCUGUCACUCAUGCUAAGACGGUCAUUAAUAGCUGUCUCUCUGCUCACUCGACAGCACCUACAGAUCAAGAAACAAAGUGCAGGAGACACAAGUGGCAGUGAAAUCAGUCAUUGUGACGGAUUUUAGCAGUAAUAGCUAUAAUCACUAUCAAUCCAGUGAUAAAGUGGCUUUACGCCCACAUCUCACAGAUAUCUCAAUGCAUAUCUGCAUCUUUGGCACCUAAAGAAACAACAGUGAAAAUGUGUCAACAACAUAACUGCCAAUUCUUCAAAGCAGUCCCAUUGAAAGCUGUCAUUUGUUCUCGCCUUUACAUCCCAACUUAAAAGCCAUUCACAUCUAACCACUCAUUCUAAUAGCUAAUUAGCCCCACUCAGAGUGAAUGAGUGAGAUUUCUGUUACGCUUUGUAUCAUGGUGGGUGUCCAAUGUUUUUUUUCAAUCACUUAAGCCAUGUGGGUAGAAAGAAGCUGGACAUCAAGAGUGCCUAAUGGGAGCCAGUUUCAGACAAGGACAAACUCUAGAGGCAAAAGACAAUUUCAUUCAUUCCUCAACCUCACCAGCUUCAAAACACAAAACUCGUGGCUGCAGGCUUAGGAAAAGUGGGGCUGUGUGCCUGACAUAUAAAACUCAUGAAUCCCUGAAAGUGAUAUGCACUUUCCUCUGAAAUGCUGUGGGGGGCUAUGUACCAUACAAACAGAUCAUUCAAUCCAAAUGAUCACUGGAAGGUCUCGCAGUCUGGAUCUUUUUCUUUUUCUCUAAAUAAAAAUGAGGAUGAUUCACAGGAGAAAGCAGCCAGCAAAAGCAGUUCCAUACAUGAUGAUCACCAGAGGGAAAUGGGACUCGCAAACAACUAAAUUUUUCUCUUCUUCGCUGGUGUAUUUGCUGUGCUCCAGGACUCGAUUAUCUGCAAGCCAGAAUGGAGUGCUUGAUUUCAGUGCUGCUAGGUCUGAGGAAAGAAAAUCCCUCGACGAAUUUGUAGGCCCAAGACUCUUUUCCAGGAAUUAAUAAGGACAGAGAGGAUUGUGGGACCCUGCACCCCCUUUGAGUUGGAGUACUUAAAGCACACUCGCACCCUGACAAACCACUGCGAGCCUCUGACCCCCACUCCCGUCAGUCCAGGGCUUUCAAUUCAUAGACCCGAGCAUCACAGGUGCUCACUUGGUUUUGACUUUGGACCUCAAGUUUUUUUUUUGGUUUGUUUUUUUAUAAACUUGCGCAAAGUAUCAAGUGCUAAAGUUAUUAUGAGUAAAACCUGUACAGAUAAACACGGGUCAUCUGGGUACUUUAACUGGCCAGUAUAGCUUAAGGUUUGUUCGUUUCUUACAGCACAAGAAAAUGAAUUCUGUCCCUGUUUUUUUUUGUUGUCUUGUUUUGUUUUUUUUUAAAGCUGCCCUCAUAAGAAAAUAAUGACUGAUGUAAAAAAAUUACAGUUAUAAAAGGCUGACCACAAGCACAAAGAAAUUCUGAGUGUUGCUUGUUAUCUACCUUAAAAAAAACAUCUUGUCAGGAUGGGAAUCCAAUGGCAGGGGCCACAUUUGUACCCUGCUCGUGAGUGUUUCCCGCUGGGCCCCACCUUUUCUUGUCUAUCUAUCUAGAUGUCGGGAUGUUCAGAAACCUGUCACUGUCCUGACAUGUAGGAUUAGAGAUCCCUACCAGUGAAUUUGUUUGUGCUGCUGUGAACCAAGAGGUGAUGUAAACUGUGUCUGUUUAUCCCCGUGUGGAUGACUUUUGUUAUAAGAAAAAAAAAGAAAAAAACAGAAAAAGAAAACCUGGAGAAACUGGCUCUCUGUUGUGUCCCAGUAGCUCCUGUGAAAAAUGAACAGGGAGCUAGAGGGUGGAACUUUGUUAUUUUUUUAACAAUAUUAUAAUUAUUACAUUUUUGCCUUUCUGCUUUCGUUUGUUUGUUUGGCUGACUCAUUCAAUAUAAACAGCGCACUGCAGUUCCCUCCUUGCACUUCCUCCUGUCUUCUCUUACCUCCUAUUCAUCAGCAACCUUCCCCUCUUCCUCUCACCGUCAGUCUGCUUUUCCCAUUUCUUCUCCUUUCUUUCCCCACAUGCACAUUCACACAUACCGCCACGUUCCUCCCCUCUCCUCACUUCCUUUGUGCAGCCCCAACAUUUUCUAUGUGGUUAUCAAACAAUGCCAGGCUGAAAAGCUGUUUAUAAAUAACAUUAAACAGAAA